AUGGAUCAAUCAAGAACAUUUACAAAACUUCUACGAGUCCUUCAAUUUCAACUUACAAAUGCAUGUAAACGGAUUAAUAAAGAUGGAUGUUAUGAAUUUGUAACAGCUAAAACUGAACCAUUAGCAACAGAAAAAAAAUCAACUAAAUUUAAUAUAUUUCGUUCAAAAAAACGACGAAAUAAAAAUUCAUAUAAUUUAUCAACUCAAAUACAAACAAAUAUGGAAUGUAUAACGGUUGAUAAUCAUGAACAACCGUUAAAAAAUAUGAAUAGUUAUGAACAUCUGUCUAAUGCUACACCUACAUCACCAGCCAAUCUGUCUAUGAUUAUUUCGCAAUCAUAUAAACCGUUAUAUGCUAAAUCGACACAAUUUAAUAAGAAUACAAUUGCCGUUACGAAAGGUACGCAUGUAAAAGGACUUUAUAAAAUGUCGAAUUGGGUAUUUAUUGAAAUACCUGAAACUGGUGCAACUGGUUUUAUACCAAUUUAUUGUAUUCGUUUACAUGAUGAACCUACUAAGCCAUCAUUUGAAUCACCUUCUCAAAAUAAUAUUAGUUUAUUUAAUGUAAGCAUUUAUGAUAAACCACGUUAUUCACGUUUAUCAAUUGUCAAUAAUCGAUCAUAUAAUAUGUCAACACCAAGACCUGGUCUUUUUAUUUCAUCAAUUGGACCAUGUUAUUUAAAUAAUGAAACACAAAUUUCAAAGAAUUCACGUUUAACUAAAAGAACAACAUUUACACGUUCACAAAUAAAAGAUGAAUCAGUUUUAUCUCAACAAAUUUCAAAUAUGUCUCUUCAUACAUCAGAUAAAGAUGCUUAUGAAACAUUAAAUUUAACUCCACGUAAAAAUUUAUCAAUUAGUGUUUUAGAUAAUGAAUCAGUGAUUUUUCGUCCAAAUAAUCGUUUACGUGUUAUUGAAAAUUAUCAAAGACAAUUUGUUGGUGAUAUAAGUGUACUUGAAUCUGAAGUUGUUACACUUGUUAAUUCAAAUGAAAAUAUUGGUGAUUGGCGAUUAAUCAAACGUGGUGAUGGACAACAAGGUUAUAUACCAGAACAUAUUGUUGUAUUAGAUCGAAAUUUUACUUAA